AUGAAUGAUGGAGAUGAUGGAAAUGAUAGAAAGGAAGAACAUUCUGAGAUCAUGUUACCCUUUUCAACACGUUCAAGUGAUGUUAUGCUUGAUCAGUUGCACUAUAACAGCCCCUCAUCCAGUUUAUUGAAGGAUGAGAUCACAUCGCCUCCAUGGAAUUUCGCUCGGCAAACUUUGCAGUCCAGUGCUCAGAGCGAGGGUAAAGUCAAAGUGUACACUGCUUCUAGGGAAUCAAAGCAACCCAGCCGGAUCGGAUUAAUACUAACUGUCGUUGGACUCUCUUUGACUGCUAUCCUACCUGGCAUACUGGGACUGGCUUUUUACCUCUCUUUGGCCAUCGCUGCCCCUCAUGGCCAGUUUCUCUCCAAUGGCACCUACAUCAGACCAAAUCGCGAAAGCUUCGCUUUUAACGAGACAUGGGCAUCCAUCCACUUUUCACCCCUACUGGUUUCAUCUGUGUCGAGUACACUGGUUGGAAUCAUAGCUCCAUGGGUAAUGAUGCUCUUUGCAUAUCAUCUAGCAAACCACUGGCUAAAAGUUUCUCGUACCCCUCAUGGAUUCCAAGAACUUCCUAGUCCAUUUCAGUAUUUCCUCACAAUGGACUUCAUUAAUAAUUCAACUCCUUUCUCUGUAUUACGAUUCUUGAUUUACGCCUUAAAACCUUCACCUUCCGAUCGUCAGCGUCUGUCUUUUAUCAAUCGUCGUCCAAGCCGUGCUAGCCUCUCUCCAAUCUUACUGUUAGGCUUAGUAGGACUCUUGAUUGUCCUCACCUUCACUUGGUCUAUAAAAGUCAUUGAUGUGAUCUUACAUGAUCAAAUCGUUACUGUGGUUCAAAACAUUACCGAACUCAAGGAUAACUUCAAGGCAAAUGCAACGAUCGAAAAAGGAUGCGAGGACCCGAUCUUUAACACUUGCGGUGUCCUGAAUCGUACUCUCCGAGCUAGUCAAGGUGGAGCCAAUACCAGCUCCGAAUUCCAGGUCUAUCAAGCUACGCCUUCGUCCAAGGGAAGAAUGUCUUUCAUGGGCCCGGCACUGCCUGAUUCUACAAUCACCUUCAACUCAUCGCAUACAUAUGCUGCUGGUACGGUCUGUGAAGCAUUCCAUCCAUCGUGCGUAGUUCAUGAUAUGACAAUUCAAAUGUGUACUCCGGGCACCCCUCCUCCACAUGGGAUCGGCCCUUGGAACGAGCUUCUUUAUGGAAGGGGUUUCAAUACAACGACUUGGAAACAACGACUUCAAAGCUUCAUCACCGUACAUGGGAACGUAUCGGGUGCAAAUCAAUUCCCGCUCAGUAAUGGUGCCAAUAUCAAUCCAUUCACGAUUGCUACGUUUGGAUGCUUUCAAAACUAUGCAAACAUCAUAUGGGAUGAUAGGAAUCAAAGCUUUCAUACACCACUCAUCAAUUGGUGGUCAUAUGGUCAAGGUAUUCAAAACAAACCUUACAUCAUGUGCUCAAUCUUGAUCUGCAAUACCACCGUAUACGAUGCUCAAUAUAAUCUCACUAGAGGAAAACUUGCAUUGAUUGACAAUAGUCUCACGUUAGCAAAUGCAUCAGCUACCUUGGCCAUAUCGGGUUCAGUUGCUUAUCUAGGGACUGAUGACACAGACUUUUAUCAAUAUGCUCCACGCUUCUUAGAUGAUCAGUUACAAGUUGAUUUGACUGCAGCAGGAAACCAAUAUGGAAAUGAUAGUCAGCUUUUUGCGUAUGAAUGGGCUCAAGCUUUAUCAAAUCGGAUGAUAGGAUGGAGUUUAGGAGCUAUCGAAUUACAACCGAUCAUAGUCAACAUGACUCGACCGCAUUUAGCAACCUCUAUUCCUCUUUCAACGGCUUAUCUUUUCCUUGGACUCCAUAUUUUAUUCUCGAUAUUUAUCCUUUCACUUGGUAUCUCUGCUUUGUUCCUUCCAGGAAUGCUUAGACGAGAUCCAAGAAUUCCAACUCGACAUGAAGAUCUUUCCCAAGAAGAUCUCCAAUUGAAUGGCGUGACUUUAAGUUUUGCACAAGAUAGACUAAGUAACCCUACUUCAUUGAUUCAUGAGUUGAUGAAUACUAGACGAUCACAAGAAUUGGCUUCUUCAUCCUCUUUACUUCCUUCUAUUUCUACACCUACUAUUCAUCGAACUCAGACAUUGUUAAAAUCAAAUAAUAGGAAACAAUCGAAAAGAUUAUCAGAGUUUUCCGAAGGCGAACAAUUGAAAGUAAUCUUAUCAUCUGACACUGAAAAUGGACCUGGAUUGCAUUUCGUUCAAUAG